AUGGACAUACCACUCUCGCGUAAAAGACCGCGGCCAGUCGUGUCAUGCUUACGGUGUAGAGACAAGAAGCUGAAAUGCGAUAGGGUCCAACCGACAUGUGGGAAUUGUUUCAAGGGGCGCCUGGAAUGCGCAUUCGUCGAUUCGCAGCAUAUAGUGUCGAAGCGCGUUCAAGUAGAAGCCGGGCUGCCGGCACACUCGGAAACGAACCCAAACAUUGGCAUCAUUGAAGAUCUGCAGCAGCGGAUGGUUAGGCUGGAGUCUAUGUUGGCGGUCAAACCUCACACUAGCAACUCAGUACCCGUGCAGGAGUCUUGGCCCCGGACAGAUACAUCUCAGUCGAGUGCAACCUAUCUAGGAACUUUGGUGUUGAAAGGGAAUCGCUCUCGGUACCAUGGACAGCAGGAUAGAAUCACGCUAUUGAACCAGUUUCCGGAGGCAAAGACGUUCAUUAACCAAUCUUUGACUGAUUCAAGCUUGGUGGGACUAGCCAAAGAGGUUCAAUUCCUUAAGAACAAGUCCCAGACCCUAGCGGAAACACCAGAAUCCUUCACAGGCCCGGGCAUGGAAACUUUUCCUGAACUUCAGGAGUUGAAGAGCAAUUUACCUUCAAAGUCAGUCUGCGAUCGUCUUGUCGCGAUCUACCAAAGAAACUUUGAGAAGGUCCAUAGGAUUCUCCAUGUCCCUUCUUUUGUUCGUGAUUAUAACAAUUUUUGGGCUCAAUCAGGCCAGGAUAUUUCAUUUUUAUCCAUGUUUCUGCCCAUUGUGACAUCGGUGCUUUUGGUGUCUGUGGUUUUCGAUGGGCAAUCUCCUUCUUCCCCGUAUUCAUCUACGGAUUGGGAUUACCUGUAUCAUAACGCGAUCGCUGCUGUUCAAGCCUGGAUGCAAAAGCUUCCCAGAAAACAGAAAACAGAAAUCGCAACAUUGCAAGUUGGAGCGCUCAUUUUACUAGCCCGUCAGCUACAUUUAAGACCGCCUGAGGAAAUAUGGAGCGAGAGUGGAUCAUUGGUUCGAUCAGCAAUGGUCAUGGGCCUCCACGUGAAUAUAUCGCAGUGGAAGGGCUCUACCCCCUUACACGCGGAAUUGAGACGUCGUUUAUGGAUUACUAUUGUGGAGAUGGAUCUCCAAGCCUCGAUGACAGCAGGCAUGCCUGUAAUCACACCAGACAUCCCUAUCUCAUCUCUCAUACCAUCCAAUUUGAAUGAUGCGGAUUUUGACGAUUCAAGCAACGCGUUACCACCACCUCGAUCACUGGAUGAAGAAACAGACUCUAUUUAUCAGAUUAUACUAUCCAGAUCUCUUGAACAGCGCAUCAGAGCUGUUCGCUAUACACACAACACAAAUCCCCAGGAUGAUAUAGGAGAACGCCUGAGACAGGGUGAAAGGAUGCAGGAGGUCUUAGACCAGAUUCCCGCCUCUCUUAAGCCAGAUCACGAUUCUGAAGACGUUGAACUUAGAUCUUCUUUGAAUCGAGUCCUUCUAAGCGUGUUCAUUCGCCGCCCUCUCGUAUGCCUCCUCAAGCCCAUGACUUCCGGUAACAAAGUUCAAGGAAAUCACCCUCUACUCCCCGAAGUCCAACGCAUGUGUCUCGAGUCGAGUAUGGCAAUUUUAUCAUACCAAGAUCUUUUUGAUCCAAACCUCUUGGAUCUUGAUAUAGCCGACUCGAGUGGAUACUGGAAUGUUUUCCAAAAAUUCUGUCAAAGUGACAUUUUCUGGGCAGCAUUGGGUGUUUGCGAAUACCUGAAAUUUUUGAACAUACAAUCUUCGAUCCAAUCGCCUUCGAACGAAUUCACGAGCGAGAAGAGUCACAGAACAAGCAAUCACACAGGAAGUCAACCCCCGUUACAUAAUAAGGCCACUCUCAUCCGCCAGAUAGAAAUCACACUCGACAGUCUGACCCGUCGGAUCGGCGAAAAGGGAGCCAACAUGAAAGAUGUCCUCCUGCUAUCCGUUGUUCUUCAACUAGUUCGUGCUCGCGGACCAUUGAGUCAAAAGGAAAGUCGCAUGUCUGAAGGUGCAAAAGAUGCGUUGGCAAAGUGUAGACAAAAUCUAUUGUCCACAGCCAAUGAAGCUAUCCUUCCUUACUUUGAUAACUCGAUACCACAAAUCUCAACUGAAAUACAUGAGAGAGUGGGAACAGCAUCAGACUUACCUGACUUCUUGCAACAGUCUGCUGCACUUGCUGCUGAGUUUGACACUUUCCAGAGUGAUCUUUUGGCAUUUGAUGAUGCUUCUUUCAUGUGGAAUAUGUGA